UAUAAGUUAGAAAACAAAAGCAAAGCAAAUCUGAUUGGUUGCUUUGAGCAACAUCUCCAGAAAUCUCUCCAUAUAUUUAUCUCCAACAUUAGUAAACAUGUCCCUUUGUGUCUUUAAUUUCGCAAAGCUUGAUGGGAGGAUGAUCUCUUAUUAUGAGGAAGCGUAGAUAUGCAUAGCAAUGACCCUGAUGAAGUUUGUUUGCAAAAUGAAGGUCAGUCAUCAAUGUGCUACUGGCUAAAGGAAUUAUAGCCUAUGUAUGUUGAACUGUAUACAUUGGGGUUUGCUGCAUAAGAAGUAUACAUAUGAUAAGCAAUCUAAAUGUGGAUGUAUAACAAGUGGGUGCACUUGAGGUUAAUAUAUACCAACCAGCGCUCAUGCGGACUAAUAAUGUGAACUGCAUAGAAGAUCUAAUCAUUUUCAAUGCUGGUUCAGCAAUAACACUGUUUUAGAGUUUUUAGGAGGGGAAUGUCCCUUGUUUAAUUAUUGCACUUAAGCUGUGAUUUUGCACUUUGGGGGUUGUUUUUAACGGAGAGAGUUUUUGAGCCUUUCUUUUGAGUUUUACAAAUAAAUGACAUUAAACGUGUGAUUUAAUAUUUGUGAGUGCCUGAUUAUCCUCCUUUUCCCUUUAGUUUUUGUAAUUAUUUUAGAGGUCAUUGCACCCCAAUACCUGGAUAUUGUUGUCUUACCUGUGCCAGUUAGAUUCUUUCAUAUAGUAUAUACUAAAUGAGCUCAGCUUUGUUGUUGCCAAAUCACAUUAAUUAGUUUUUUGAGGUCCGGCGUGGUGCAGAGAGAUUGUUGAAUUGCUAAUGUAGUGCCAUUAUUGAAACAGGGAUCUUGCGCUUAUCCUGAAUACUUUUGGUUAAAUAAUUGAUUUGUAUUUCCAGAUGUACACAUGUGUACAGUUUUUCAGUACAUUUUGUCUAGUAGAUCCACUGGCUAUAUAAGAUUUUGGUCUGUGGUCCAGGGCAUAGAGUGCCCAAAGCUUUUUUGUGUGUCAUUAUCCUUAGAAACAUGCGUAGUAGCAUUGAUAAUAAAAAUAAAAGCUAUCCGGUUAUCAGGUACUCCAAAUAUAUAACAUUUAUGACAGACAUAUGUCAAAGAAGGACUCAACCGGAGAUGAGCUCCGCUGUCAUAGAUUAAAUAGUUCUUAUUAUUACCCCUUAAUUAUAAGUGUAAGAUUUUCUCUUGUAUCCCUGCUCCCUUAUGUCUUUAACCGUGCUACAUAAAGAGACAAAAUGACUGGUCGAUUUAUUUAUACUUAUAAAAUAUUGUUUUGCAAUGCACAACAAGAUUUGAAUAUGCUUAUUCUUUUUUUUACAUUCAAUUUAAUAUGCAUACUUGUUUUAUUAUUUUUACAGACAACCAUACAAUUGAAAUAGAUAUAUUGGCUUUAACUGUGCACCUACAUUGCUAAUUUAUUGACUAAAAGUAUUAUUAUCACUGUUGUUUAUAUUAUUAAAUUUUUUUCAUUGAUGCCACCAGCUGCAAUUGCACUCCAGCCAUUAAAUACAUCUACAGUAUGUUUCAUACCACCCCCUGACUCUGCAGAAAGGUCAGUUAUUUUGGACUGGACACACCCAGUCACAGCAACAUAGCAAUGUUUCUUCUUCAAUGUCUUGAAAUAGCAGCCCCUUUUAGUUUGGAGUUUGCUUUCUACAGACAGCUAAAUAACAAGCAGCAUUUCGAUUUUCCUGAAAAAGAGACAAGAACAGGAAUAUUUUUUAUCUUCAAACAUAAUCUCCUCUGGGUUUUUAUACAUAUUGAUAAUCUGUUUAUCAAAUUAAAGGAGGAUGAAGCUAAGUAUUGGCAUAUUCUUUGGUGGGCUAUUUGGUGCACUGGGAAUUUUAAUCUAUUUGGUAGCAUUUGGAAGUGACUAUUGGCUUCUUGCCAAGGAAAUCGAGAAAUGCUCAGAAAACCAAGGAAUUGAUGGUAAUGCAACCCACUCAGUUAUCUUGCACCAUGAAGGCUUCUUCUGGAGAUGUUGGUUUAAUCAUGCUGAAGAAGAAAACUCAAACACCAUGGAGACUUUCUGGUUCACUAACCAAGCACCAACUAAGAACUGCACCCAUGCAUACCUCUCCCCAUUUCCACAGAACAGGGACAACAGUAACUCAACCUCCUAUCAUUCUGCGCUUGUAUACCGUGGCUUCUGGAACAUAUUCAUGCUUCUUGGUGUAGUAACAGCUGUAGCAGGGGGAUUCCUUAUUAUCUGUGCUGCUCCCUUCACAAACCAUAGGCUUUAUAAAGCAGGAGGGGGCCUAUUCCUAACAUCAGGAAUCCUCUUUGGACUGGUGGUUGUAAUGCACGUCUUUUGGGUACAGAGCAUAUCUGAUAUCAAAGGCUACAUGGAUACCAGACAACAAGAUUGCUCCCAGUUCACUGUAUUUGUUCGCUAUGGCUGGUCGUUCAUGUUGGCUCCAAUUGGAAUAUUCUUUGCUUUAUUUGCAGGAAUGCUUUUCCUGCUAGUUGGACAUACUAUACAAGUGCAUACGAACUAGCACAAAAAUAGAAAUUACUUCCCAGUAAUUUAUUUUCUAUAUCUGUCAAUCCAUAACAGGUUUUGUAUACAUUUUAAUCUUUUAUUAUGUCAACGUCAGACCAAAUGAUAGAAUUAGAAUGUGUUUAUUAUGUAUGAAAAUGUUUUAUAAAAGCAAGCAUAUAACUUAUUUUUUUCUGUUCUGCAAAACACACAACAUCUUUGGCAGAGAAAGAGAAUGGGUUGUAAGUGUAAUUUUAUCUGCUCAUGUGCUGUUUGCUGGUAUCUAUCAGUUUUGUUCCUGCCAUAACAUUCUAGUAAAUGUGCACUCCAGGCUGAAAAUAGAUUACAGUUGUUCAUCUGGUAUCCGCGCCAGCAAGGAUGAUUCACACGAAGAUUGCUUUCCUGUUGGAUUGUCUUUAGCACUCUCUGUUAUAUGUCUUAUACGUUUCCUAUAAUGGCACAUUCUUUGAUACACUACCAUUACUACUUCCGUUUAUAAUACUUCGGACUCAGUGUUAUCUUUUAACACUUUUAUUUCGAACUCAUUUCAUUCAUUUUGAUUUUAUUUAUUAUGACUGCAGUGUUUAAAAAAAUAAAUAUUACAAGAAUCAAAAA